AUGAAAUAAAGAAAAAGAAGCCAUAUUAAGUACUUUCCCACCCCAAUCAUAGAGGGUCAAUAUGGUGUAGUUCCAGCCAGAGCAGUACCUUCACAUAUUCAAAGGCCAAGCUAUCUAAGUGAAACUAAGCCUAUUUAUGGGAUAUAUGAAGGAGCACCUGUGGUUCAUAAUUACGAUAUGAUCCAAAGUAAACUACAUGAUUUAAAAAUAGAAUUGAGGAAGGCAGCGUAAAUAGCAGCGUAAACUGCCUAUGUGGCAUAAAAGUCGGUGAAAUAGGGAAUGACAACGGAUGAUUUGGAUAAGAUAGUUCACGAAUUCAUAAUUUCCUAAAAUGCAUAUCCUUCGCCAAUAGGAUUCAUGGGUUUUCCUAAGAGUGUUUGCACAUCAGUAAAUGAAGUGUGUUGUCAUGGAAUACCGAAUCUUAGACCUUUGGACGGUGGGGAUUCCUUAAAUAUCGAUGUGACUAUUUUCUACGAUGGAGUGCAUGGAGAUACUAGUGUUAUGGCAUAGGUUCCUGAUAUGAAUCCAGAAAUUACUAAAUUAAUAGAUACAACUUAAAAAGCCCUUUAUGAAGCGAUUAAAAUUUGUAAGCCAGGAUAGAAGUUCAGUAAAAUUGGAGAUAUCGUUGAAGAAGUAGCUGCAGAUGAAGGAUUCACAGUUUGUGAAUUAUUUACAGGACAUGGCAUUGGUGAAUUGAUGCAUAUGCCUCCUACAAUAAUUCAUAAUUUCAAUGAUUAUCCAGGAGUGAUGGUUCCAGGAAAUGUAUUUACGAUAGAACCUAUUCUCUUGAUGCGCCAUGGUUAAUAUUCAAUGUGGAAGGAUAAUUUUACUGUUGUUUCUCCAGAUAAUCCUAGUGGUAUUGUAAACUUAUCUACUGUAGCUCAAUGGGAACAUAUGGUUUUAAUAACGGAAAAUGGGUAUGAGGUUUUGACAAAGAGAGAGGAUGAGACUGGUAUAUGA